AUGUACACAGUCAAAAGUAAUCAAAAUGGUAAACGUUUGUUGUGUAUAUGUAAUGUGGCGCUUGGUGACAGCGCACAGUAUUAUUCAUAUGCAACCAAUUUGAUACAACCACCUGAAAAUUUUCAUAGUGUACAUGGUGUUAAAGCAACAAUUGAUAAUCAUUCUAUAUUUAAAGAUAAUGAGUAUGCCAUUUAUAAUCUGGAUCAACAACGUCUACAAUAUUUAGUUGUCGUUUCCUGGAAACCACACGAUAUAAUUUCUAGUGUUCCAAUAAUCCUGACAAGUAUAAGAGAUCGAAUAAUAGAUCCACAAACAUCAGUUGAAAUGCCAGAAUUAAUCGAAGAUGAAGUUGUUCAAAUUGCGGAACAAGAUUAUGGUCUGAUUUCAGCUGGACAACGUCUGCCGUUAAAAGAGUUUCAUAUAAGAGCACAAUUAGUUGAUGUUACUGCAGAAGUUGUACUCUAUCAGCUGUACCAUAAUAACAGUUCGCAAGCAAUAGAGGCAAAAUAUGUAUUCCCAUUAGAUGAACAUUCAACAGUGUGUGGUUUUGAAGCUCAUAUUAACAAUAAAGUUAUUGUUGGAGUUGUAAAAGAAAAAGAACAAGCAAAAAAAGAAUAUCGCGAAGCUAUUGAAAAAGACUAUGGAGCUUACUUAAUGGAUCAGGAACAACCGGAGGUUUUCAGUGUUUCUGUUGGUAAUUUACCACCAAACUGUGAGGUUGUUAUUAAAAUUACAUACGUCGCAGAAUUGACAAUUGAAAACGAUGAUAUCGUAUUUCGUUUACCGGCAAAAGUAGCAUCAUGGCAAAGUCAAAUGGCUAUUAAACAUCAUAAUCAAACAUUAUUACCAUCCAUUGGAAUAACAGCAACAACAGAUUCAAAUAAAAUACAAUUUGGUUUAAAAGCAUCAAUAAAAAUGCCAUAUGAAAUAAAAAAAUUAUUUUCACCUACACAUCGUUUAAAACGAAAAAUCACCGAUUGUCAAGCAAUGAUUGAACUAAUUGAUAAUAUAUUUGAUAAAGAUUUUAUACUAACAAUAACAUUGACAACUAUACAUAUUCCAAGAAUGUUAGUUGAAACAUAUGUAUCAGAUUCUGAAUCUAGAGCGUGUAUGUUAACAUUUUAUCCAAAAUUUGAUUUAGAAAAUAAUCAAGUAACAACAAUAAUAGAAAUUAUAUAUUUAAUUGAUUUAUCUAAUUCAAUGGAUGGUAAAGCACAAAAACAAGCAAAACAAUUAGCACACAUAUUUUUAUCAAAUAUGACACAUGAAAAUAAAAACAACAAUAUUUUAUUUAAUAUUGUUACAUUUGGUUCAGAUUUGGAUGAAUGUUUUCCAAUAUCAUCCCCACUAACAAAAGAAAAUCUCUUUAAAGCAAAGCAUUUUGUUUUACAUUCAUUGGAUCAUCGUGGUAAUACAGAUUUAUUUUCGGUUUUGCGUAAUUAUUCACUUUUACCAUCAUAUGGUGGACGGAAUUAUAUACUUCUAUCCGAUGGUCAUCUAAAUGAUAUGAAAUCAAUUUUGCUAUUAUUAAAACAACAACAAAUGAAACAUGAUAGAUUUUUUACAUGUUCCAUUAGUGAUACAGCCAAUAAACAUGAUUUAAAACAGCUAAUAAAUGCAGCAGGCGGUGGUUUAGGAACUGUUUUUGAUAGUAAUUUUCGUUCGAAAGGCGUUCUUCGCUAA